AUGCGGUCGACGCGUUGGCGCGUCGACGCGCGGUUCGCGACGCGCGGGCGCGGACGCGCGCGGACGCGCUUGAACGCGAGCGCGGAGCCGGCGCGCACGCGCGCGUUCGACCCGACGCGGGCGAAGGAUCUGAAGCUGCUCGGCGCGAAGGAAAAUCUGUUGGAUGCGAUCGAAAGAAACGACGCCCAGAGGAUCGACGCGGCGAUCGACGAGUGCGGUGCGCUGUACGACGGCGAACGACGCUCGCCCGCGACGUCGCGGGCGCUGCGCGGGCGAUGGCGCCUGGUGCACUCGAAGCAAGCGGCGAACGCGAAUCCGUUUCAGAUUUUGUUUCAAGGCGCGGCGAAAAACUAUCAAACGUUCGACGAGGACGACGGCGUGCGGAACGCGGUGGAGUUGGGAAUGCUCAGGAUCGAGGCGUUCGCGACGAGCGAGAACGCGGGAGCGGUGCGGACGAACAUCGAGAUUCGCACGGUGGACGUGAGUUUCGGCGGUCGAAGAUUGAAGACGUUUGAGCUGAAUCCGAAACCGGGCGCGGGUCGCGGCUGGGUGGAACAGCGGUUCUUGGAUGAGGAAGUGCGAAUUAGCGUCGGGAAUAAGGGGAGCGUGUUCGUGCACGUCAAGGACGACGAAGGAGAAUCGGCGAAGGAGGCGAAGGAAACGACCGACGCGGCGACGACGACGACGAGCGCGUUGGCGCGCGUCGAGCGCCGCGCGGACGAGGACGAGGACUAA